GAUUGGAACAAAUGACAAAUGUCAUGAUGUGUUGAUGAGUUCUUUCAGUCAGGUGGGAUAGUGGUCCUGAUGCGACCAGAUAGUCCUGGUGGAACGCAUAGGUUUUCCUCGUCCAAUUUAGUCGGUUUAAAAACGCGUGAUGGGACAUAAAUAUGAAAUAUAUUUAUGUUUUAUAGUGACACAUUACAAUUUAUGUAGAUUCUACAGUAGUUGUGUUUUUUAUUCAGAUUUAACAGUCAUAACAAGUUGUUAACGCCUUCUUUGCGUUUUAUAUGGCGAGGGAAGAAACCGUAGAAUUUAGUCCGAAUGUGACCUUGAUUGGGCCAAUCUAACCGAAAGCGGUGAAGUUUGAAUAUUUUCGACGUUUUAUGACUGUUUAAGUUGUACAAUUUUAUCAGGAACAUUCUUUCACUGAUAACAUCCUGAAGUUUACUCCCUUUGUUAGAAGCGGUUCAAACCUGUUCACAAACUGGCUGAGGGACUCACGGGGGGAGACAGACCUCUGUCGCCUCUGAUUGGUCUGAACUCCCACGUGUAUAUUGGAUGACGUCGUUGCGUCUGAGGAAAUUACAAUUCGAAAGCAUGCAAAUUUGUCAUCAAUUUGCCGUUGUUACAUUUCCAUAGUGUACUGUAAAACGAAUAUAUAUAUAUAUAUAUGCCUAAAAAUACAUAGGCCUUUCCUCAUAAAGUAAUUGAUAUGGUACAACAAUUACAGUAGUACUGAGGUUGAGGCUGAGGUUCAGUUUCAGUCUAUAACAGUGAUAUUUGCAUAAUAGCUGUUCUAGUGGGACAUGUAAACUGAUACAGCUAGGAUUAAUUCAGCAUCUUUACAGGGCAUAACAACACAAGAGAUUUGAAGGAAAAACUAUCCCAUGGUUAGUAUACACCCGUAAUAAAAUACACUCUUGACAUAAGACAGCAAUACAAACAUAUAUGGCAGAGUAAGUUCCUAUCUCAUAAUUAGGACAGUAAAUGCACCUCUGUGUGGGCGAAUCAGGCUGUCGUUGCCAGGGUGAUGUCUGAGAGCUGAAGCAAUAUUUUCUCCAGAGCAAUUGUAUCCACCACAAUAUACCAUCGCCAAGACCUCCAGCAGAAGAUUGGUUGCCUUCUCGGCGACUCACCGAACCUACCGGUACCCUAAAUUCAGAAUAGCCUUUACGAAAACAACAUUAAUCGGUAGGGUUCCUUACAGAUGUAGGAUCUUCGUUUGAUCACCGUCUUGAAGGAGGACCUUCCUGCAAUGCAGGACAGUUUUUACUUUUGGUGUAUUUGAGGUUUCAAAGGGCAUCUGAAGUUUGUAAUUUCCACUUUGAAAUUUCAGACUUGAUUUUCCCUUGUGAACCAAAUGUAUCAACCCCUACCAAAAAAAUGUCUAUGAAUUAUAAUCCAUAUAAUAAUUCACAUUUCCUGUUGCUGCAGGAUUACUUUCCUGCUGUAGCAAUCUGGCUCAAAUUAAGACCCUACAUCUGUAGACCCAGGUGUGUUAGUGCUGGGCUGUAGCUCUCCUGGACCAAAGCUGCCUGCCUGCUACACUGCUUUUAUCUCACUUGGUGUUGAAGUACAGCGCAUUCAGAAAGUAUUCAGACCCCUUCACUUUUUUCCACAUUUUGUUACAGCCAUAUUCUAAAAUUGAUUGAAUAAAUGUUUUUCCUCGUCAACCUACCCCAUAAUGACAAAGCAAGAACGUGUUUUUAGACAUUUUUGCAAGUGUUUAUUCGUUUAAAAAAAAAUGUUUACCUAGUUUUUGAUGCAAUGUAAUAACCCUCAUUGAUGCUGUGUGUUGAUUGAUUGAUUGCCUCUGAUGAAUUUGUCAAAUAAAACAUGCUGUUGGUUUUUUAAUAAAGAUGCGUGAAUGUACCUGCUCUCGAGUCCCUCUUUAUUUACCUCAGAUACUACAGUCCAUCUCUGCUGGCUCUCUGUUUUGUCUGUGAGAAUAACAUGGCUGCUUCUACUGCUGCAUGGCAUGAGGGUUUUUUGGUGAAAUCUCUCCCUCCCUUUCCCUCCUCCCUGUAUAUCGCUCCCUGUCUCUGUUCCCUUUUUCUUUCUGUCUCUCCAUCCUCCCAUAUUACAGAACACACGGUCAUUCAUAAAGGGCCUUAGUCGAGGGGCGGGACCAGGUUAGCUUUGUUCCAAUGGGAGGCCGAGUAGUAAUGUGUCGGAGUAGCCGGCUGAAAAUCCACUGCUCAUUCUGGUUCAUACCGGUAUGCGCCUGCUCUCCUCACUCUGCCGGUGUGACUUGGCAACCACACACACACACACACACACAAAAUGUUCUCUGCUGACAAGAUAACAUGCGGGAGUGCCGAGGUGGCAGGAAACAGAUCUAUACCCACAUCAACGUGAACAUUUAUCGAUGACAUGUAGAUUGAGGAAGUGAAAGGGGAUCCGUGCUUCCUCUGCCUGUCUUCUCCGCUCUGUACUGUCUGAAAUGUUCAUGGAUUAAAUUAAAUGACAUGUUGUAUUUCGCGCAUCGAUGACAUGACUGGAUGAAGACAGUCCAGAGGAGGCCCUGACUGUCCUCAACACAGGAUUACACGAGUUCGCGUUCAGCUUCCUGCUACCACAGAUGCCCCUGGCCACAUCGUUUGAAGGGAAGCAUGGUAGUGUGAGGUACUGGGUGAGAGCAGAGCUCUACAGACCAUGGCUGCUGCCUGUCAGAGUCAAGAAAGAGUUCACUGUCUUUGAACACAUUGACAUCAACACACCACUGCUACUGGCCCCUCAAGCUGGCACUAAGGACAAGACCCUGUGUUGCUGGUUCUGUGCCUCAGGACCCAUCUCACUCAGCGCCAAGAUAGAGAGGAAAGGAUACACACCAGGUGAGUCCCUCCAGAUCUUUGCGGAGGUGGAGAACUGUUCGUCCAGGGUGGUGGUGCCCAAGGCAGCGCUGUGCCAGACCCAGACCUACUUCGCUAAAGGCAAGGCUCGACAGCUCCAGCAGCAGGUGGCGGCCCUGCGUGGGGACACCCUGUCCCAGGGGAAGAGCCAGAGCUGGGAUGGAAAACUGCUCCACAUACCCCCGGUCUCCCCAUCCAUCCUGGACUGUCCACUCAUUAGAGUGGAGUACUCACUGAUGGUGUAUGUGGACAUCCCUGGGGGGUUGAACCUGUCUCUGUCGUUGCCGUUGGUGAUAGGGACCAUCCCUCUCCACGCAUUCACCAGUCGAACCAGCAGCAUCAGCAGCUACUGUUGUACCGUCAGCUGGCCAGAGAGACCUGAGGCUCCCCCCAGCUACAGUGACCUGGCGGUGACAGAGGAGCAGAGGCGAGGCUGUCUGGAGCGCUGUGAGGGGUCAGAGGUCAACCAAGAGGGCCAGGGAACGCUGCAAGCUUACAUCACAGAGUUCAGAUUCCAGCCCCCACCUCUCUACUCCGAGGUUGACCCUAACCCAGAGCCGAGCUGUGGAGGUCAGGAGACCCGACCCCUGACCCUCUCGCUGAGGACAACACUGACUUGCUCAGAGCCAACAGGCAACUACACAUACAGGUGACUCCAACAUGGCCACCAUUAUAGCCCCCUACUGGAGCCAGUCACCUACAGAUGGAUCCAACAUGGCCACUGCUACAGACCCCUGAAGUGGGACCAACAUGGCCGUCUCAUCCUUAGUUUCCUCAGGAUGGGGUCCAUUGAUGUUAACAGACACAGGGAUGUCAGCUGUGAGAGACACUGUGUGGAGAGGCCAGGAGACGCCUCAGUCUGACCAACAUGGCGGUUUUCUGCUGGUCAGGAUGAACAGAUAGUGCCUAGACCCAGCUUCAGAUACAUAUGACCAUUACAUGGCACAUCUAAGACUAGAAAGGAGAAGAGAGGAAGAAGAAAAGGGAGAGAAUCCACUGUUGGACUGUUGGAAACAGUGGUCAGGAAUCUCCUCCAGCCUCAGAGUGAAUUUUGCACAUGCCUUUCUCGUUGUUUGUCUACUGAACUUCCACAGCUUUUCUUCCUCAACGCUCAUAUAUGCUGCAACGUGGCCGUCGUCUUCUUACCACCGUUACCACGUAACCCGAAACCGAACACAGACUCUUUUAGAACAAACUAGGAAACGAAUGAAAAUAGACAGGUUUUUUUUUUUUUUUUAUGUGUUCAUGUGUCUUGGGUUUCUUGACUGGGGAAUGUCGUGCAUGGUGAAAUGACCAUUGUGUGACAGACACAGGUGAAGCACUCACUCCCCACUCUUGUCUUUCUGGGUUCUUUCCUCACUACACCCUCCACAGAUACAGUGCCCUACAAAUCACCUGUUUGAUUGUAGUAUCUGGACAUGUGACACAGAGAGAAGCUCUGUGUCACAUAAGAUGGAGAGCAACAGAAGGAUGUGAAACAAAAGGGUCAAUUGUGGUUUUGAGAACAAAAGGAGUCCAACCGAGAUUGUAGUUCAAAGAUUAGCUCUACUUCCAACUUGAUACACAGUCUAAAAUAUUUUUGUAUUUGUUGUUUUUCUAUGUUUGUGUACGCGACACUAUUAUUGCCAUUACGGAAAUGACUGCAAUCACGAUCUUCCUUUGUAUGAAAUAAAGAAGCCCUUUUGUAGA